AUGUCAUUUAUUCUUCCUGGCCUUCGUAGAGGCUUGAUGCUCAGCACGCCACUCAUCUUGUCGACACCUUUGCUGGUAUAUCAGUUCCGAAAUGCACAGCCCAUACGAUGUGAUGGUCCGGAUCCCAUCACUAAAAUCACAAACGACCUCAAAAGCAACUACGUAACCGAAGCGAGAACACCAGUCAUCACUCAAUCAGGUGCUAUGAAUCCGAAAGCAGUCCGUCAGAUCAGCAUGGGAAGCAUUCUGGGUGUGAUCGGAGGGCUGGGAAUUAGUGUUUUCAGCAAACCUCUGGCUGUGUUGAUUGGAUUGGGAAUAUUUGCUCUGCAGGUACGUUUGUUGUUUCAUUUGUGA